GGGCGGCGCGAGCGAGAGGCGGGAAGAGGGAGCGGCGCCGGCUGAGGGAGCGCACGGCCAGGCUCCGGUUCCCCCCGGGCGCCGCUCCGCCGGCGGCCCCUGCCCCGCGAAGCAGCCCCGCUCGGCCCUGGAGCCCGCCCGGUGCCGGGGAUGAAGCGCAGGCGCGGAGGCGGCGCGUCCCGGCCGGACGGAGUCUGCGAUGUGUGGCUGGACACCGCCAAGCUGAAGCAAAACGCGGUGGAGUCUCUCAUAGCCAAGUCAAAAGCAUCUCGUCGAGUUCUGGAGAGGAAGUACGCCUCAGUCACUUUCACGCAGACACGAGCCCCUCAGCCACGCACCAAGCAAACCACCAUCUCCGCCUUCUUCAGCCCGCAGACAGAUGAAAAAGACAAAGAAAACUCCAGGCCAUCUCCUUUCAUCCCAAAAUGUAAAGAAGCAGGUAUUUCUUUGGCUGCUUCCCCUGUGAAGAUCUUGGCUUUGCCGCAGAUGGAGGAAGCCCAGGAAGAAUCCCUCGGUGCCGAGGUGGGGACAGCGCAGGCUACACCCCAGCAUCGUGCAGAGACAGCACCGGCCUCCCUGACGCCUUCGCAGGACUCUUCGGUGUUACAAGUGGAGUCCCACAGCACGAGCGAGGCCUCCUGUGGGGCGGGAGAGGAUUUGUGCUUCUUCAGCUUCACCCAGGAUUCGGAAGGCAACCGGAUCAUCGCUCACAGAAAUGUCUCCGAUUUAUUUGCUGGAGAAAUGGUUUCAGCGAGCGGCAGCGUAACUUCAGACCGUGGGACGAACAAAGGACAGGGCCAGCUGCUCCCAGAGGUGUCAAAGACCGGACUUGAUUUCCAACCCAGACUUGGUGCAAACCAGAGUAAGAAACCACACCCGUUGAGUAGUGUUAAUUCUUUAAUUGAUUUCACUGAGAAUAUAAAUCCUCCUCUAACGAGACACAGUGCCUGGGCUGCUGGCUUUUAUCCAUCUCCCCAAAGACCAGCUGGAGCGCAGCCCCUGAGAGAGCGCAGCCAGAACACCAGGGCUGGUGCAGCCGAGGAGGGAUGGGGCAGUCCCUGCCGACAGCUCUUCACCCAGGACUCCCAGGGGAACAGGGUGAUCGCUCACCACCACCGGAACCUCCCGUCUCCUCGCAAGGACAGCGGCAGCUCUCGCAGGCACCUGCCCGACUCUCCCUGCAAGGGCCGUUCCAGCGACGCUGCAAACGGGAGCUUGAGCAAACCGGGGGAGCAGCAGUUGGAUGUGUGCUACGAUUUACUGUUCACGCAGGAUUCGGAAGGGAACAAAGUGAUUAAACACUGGUAA